AUGCAGAAGCUCCGCAAGUCUUCCUAUAGCAAAACACACAGAAGUUUAGAUAUCACCAAGCAUACAUCAGAGGAUCAGUUUAAAGGAGACGAACGGACGGGCGAAAGUUUUGAUCGAGGAAACGCCGGUGGAGUAGUCGAGACGCCCGUCCUUGGAGGGAAUACAUUUGUCUCAUCAUCCGAGAGAGUCUUAAAGACGGCGUUGUCGGCGGGAACGAUUGGGGUUAUUGGUGGAGGCAGCCGCGGCAGACUGUGGUGGGAUAUUAAAAGGUCCGAAGUAGUGGUGAAGGUGGGAAGCCCAGUGAAGGAAUUCAAAGAAGGAGACGUAAAACUGGAAGAGAAGCUAUUAGCCUUAAAACCUAACAACAUCGAUUUCGCUCAAGCCGCAUGGAUUCCACUGGCUAUAGAAACCGCCGACGAAGGUCUGGUUAGGACGGAGUUUUCCACCCGAAAGUCAAUUCUCGUUCUCAACGGUGCUGGAGGAGUAGGGAGCCUUGCGAUUCAGCUGGCGAAGCAAGUGUACGGAGUUUCGAAGGUGGCUGCAACAGCGAGCACAGAGAAGCUGGAGGUAGUGAGAAGCUUAGGUGUUGAUUUAGCCAUUGAUUACACAAAGGAGAACACUGAAGACUUGCCUGAGAAAAUCGAUGUCGUCUUUUACGCAAUUGCGAUUGAGCAAGAGAAUGCUACUGGCGUGGAGGAAAUCAGCACGUCGGUGCUUGCCAGCGAGAAGAAGCCUGCAGCGAAGGGACGAAAACCAUGA